UUCUGGAGACACGGUAGAGGACACAAUACAGUCGAAUAUUUAUGCUCUGAAACAAUCAUGAAAGUAUUGAUAACGGAAAAUUAAAUAUUGCCUGACAUGUUUCUGCAUGCAGAUAUUGAUUUUUACGACGAAAAAUGUAUUAGAGAAAUCUAGUGUGCUGUACAGUAAAUAUGACUCAUUGCGAAUCGAGUAAACGGUAUUCAGAUAAGCAGAAAAGAUAAGAUUAAUUUUAUAACACGUAAUAAUCAAUGGAUCGCAUGGUCAUUUUUGAAACCAUCAUCAAUGGGAUAUGUAUGAAUUUAAAGAUAAUAUUUUAUUUUGAGUUAUUUAUAUCUUAAUUAUAAUGACUAAUUCCUCUUGAAAGAACAAGUCUGCCUACACUUUUCAGUUACUUUUUAAGGAAAAUUAGAUAUUCCUCCAAAACCUGACAACAAAGGUACCAAUAGAUGCUUUGCUCUGCAGCUAUUUGCAUAAUCGCGCACUCAAUAAAAACAAAAAAAUAAAAAUAAAAAUAAAAGGUCAUAAAGUGAAACAGGUUGCGACUGAAGUGGAUCCGGAGUGUAAGCGCUGGAAGAGGUUGUCAAAGGAAAGGAAAAGCAAAACAGCAAAAUUUUCACUCUUAUCCUACCAAAAUGUUCAAGAAAUUGCGAGAGAAGAUCACCGAGGAGGUACAACAGACUUCAUUAAGGCUACCUGUAUCAGUACAGCAGUCGGUUCAACAAUUAACACAGACGACGCGAGAGUCCCUCAGCACCCGGAGAGGUACGUCGCUAAUGAGCACCCAGAAUUCAGCAACGGAGCAAUGGCUUGAGACUGUAAAAGAUGGGAGCCAGUUGAGUCUAUCUCCAUUCAGUGGGACAACAACCUCUCCAGGAGAACAAAAGAGAGAGCUUGAGACUGGGUCCUUGCAAGAUGAGGUGCUUGUGGACAUCUCUGACAUUAGACCUGCUGGCCACAAUAAAGAUCUUUUCAGCAUUGAUGAAGAUAGUCAAGAAGGUUCACCAAGCAAGUCAGGGUUCCAGCUAGUUGACCUAAGUGAUACAGACACCAUAACCCCAGCUGAUCCUGGAGGGGGUGCUGGGGUCAGAGGCCAGGGGGUAGCAGGAGUGACCUUUGACCCCUCCAUAUCUGUUUCCAAUAGCCCGGCUCACAGAACAAGAAGAGACUCUGUGGGAUCAUGUGUCAGUGAUGCAAGUAGCCUUUUCCCAAUUUAUGAAGUCCCAGGGGUUUCAUUCACCAUGCCGCAG